AUGGACUUGCGCCGCAAUCUUUCUGUGGACCCUUGCAACGACUUUUACACGCACGCUUGUUCCUCGUGGCAGCCUCCUAGUGGCUAUGAACAGGUCGCCAGCACCACGAUGGGUAAGGUCAUGAUCGAGUGGAUACGGUCCUUCGCACAAUUUUUAGACCAGGCAGCGAACACCAGCACAGUGGGCAAGAAGCCGCAGUCUAUGUUCCAGGCGUGCGUGGCAGAUCGCUCCACGGAUCUUUCCGAUGCCAUGCGCUUUCGUGAGUUCCUCUCUGAGCUCAACAUGUCAUGGCCAGAGAAGCCGCCUGUCGGGUCAAGCGCGCUCGGAGUGUUGAUCCACCUAGCCUUGAAUUGGCGCGACACCUUCUGGCUGACGCUCAGGGUUGAGGCGGCCAAUGGCACACAAGUGAAGAAACAGCGCAGAAAGAGGCUACUGAUAACGCCGGGAAACGAAGACGUACUCACCUUCUUCGCCAGAAAUCAUUUGCACGUGCAAGAGCGCGGUGCCUACGUGGAUUACUGGACAAUGCAUUUUAAGGCCCUCUACGGAAAUCAAACCGUUCCUCUCACAGAAAAAGAAAUCCUCGAAAGCGGUUCGCUACAGACGACGGUCGUGAACCUUCUGCUUGGCGCGAUUAGGCGGAAACCGAAGGUGCCGCUUCUCAUUCCACUCUCUCGCAUCGGCGAAUACACGGGGGCACUGAAUUCGUCGCUGUGGUUGGACAAGCUCAACGCUCACGUUAGCGACGAUUUUUCGUUCACCAGCGAAGACGAAGCGUUUGUCGAAGACCGCUACUUUCUUAAGACAAUCGGUCGACUGUUCACCGAGUAUGAAGACGAAGUCCUGCUCCGUCAGAUGUCUUGGGAAUUCGUUCAGACACACAUCGUCGUAGUGGACAAAGCGCCUUUGGAGAUAAUAUUCUGGGGAAAAACGCACGCUGCACCAUACAUUCCACUCUAUUGCGCCUUGUACGUAGAAGACAUCUAUAGGCCUCUCCUGGCUUUCUUGUACUCUGCUUCGAGUCUGACAUCCCGCGACCGCCUCCUUGUGGACGCUGCUCUGAAUAGCCUUGUGAGGCAAGCCACGGAGAAGGUGAACUCAUCCUGGCUAAGCGAGCCAAGCAAAGGCGUAGCCGUGCAGAAGUACAAGUCUAUGCGUGUCAAUCUGUGGCCGCCAGACCUUUCCCAAGAAGAAGUGGAAAAGUUCUACAGAUGCUUUCCCAACAGUGGAAGGUCCUUCGUGCACAUAUGGAUCGAAGGACACGACUGUCUACGUCGCGUGGAGGGUACUCCGUUCCAGGAGAGCACUCGUGGCAUGCACAACGUCAUAUCUUCCAACUCAGCCAUGUACGACUACCUUUCAAAUUCUGUUGACGUGGCCGUUACAACUUUCGCUCCCCCCGUGUACUACUCACAUGGGACGAGAGCCAUGUUUUACGGUGGCAUAGGGUUCUUGUUCGCCUUGCAGAUAAUGAAGGCGCAAGACCCGACGGGAGUCUACAUACUAGCUAAUAGAAGCGUCGUGGACGGGACCUGGAUGACACCGUCCGACUCAAAUGGGCUCCAGAACAGGAUUCACUGCCUUGGCAAUGGCAGCGAAUAUUACCUCGCGUCCCACGUUGCGGCGUUGGAAGUUGCGUACUCUGCAUUCGUCGCAGACGAUGGCCUCGAUUACAGUCGCCGUCCAAUAAGCAGGAACCUGACGGAAGCUCAGGUAGGUUGA